CCCAAGGUUCUUUUUACCCUUUGCUAUUUUCGGUUUCUGUUGUGUACUAUUUUCUUCUCUUUAUGCCCAGCAGCUUAAGGGACUCGUUGAUUUCGAGGAGAAAUCCUUUCGUACUAUAAUGUCGAAUUGUUGAUUCGGACGACAAAUUUCAGUUUACAGGUUGAAACUAGGGUUUUGUUCAGAGCAAUUUGACUGAAACUUUUCUUGUUUCAGGCUGUGAAGGAUUUAGGGUUUUUUGAGCUGAACGGAUGGCUAGUGAAACUCGGUCUGGGAGGAAAAAUAAGGAUACUGAGAGCAAUAAAUCAAAGAAUAAACAGUCUGAUAAAGGUUCAUUAAGUUCUGGCUCUGGGAAGACAGAUGGGUCCAGUGUAAGAAGGUCAAGUCGAGAAACAAAGCAAGCUGCUUCAAGCCCAUCAAGUAUAAGGAAGUCGAAGCGUCUUGAGAAGCAGUCACCAACCCCGCCAGCUGUUAAGAGGAGAGCUGCAUUAAUUAAGAAACCAAAUUCUCCGAGCCCUUUAAGAAGGUCUGACAGGGGUAAGAAACAUACCCCAUCUAGCUCGUCAAGAUCAAGUUACUUAGGAAUAGGAUCCGAUUCAUCUAGUGUCAAGAAGGAAAAAAAAGAGAAAAGUGUGAAGGAGCUGAUAAUGGAAUCUGAAAGAUAUAACACUAGCAGGGAGAAUGGUGCAGCUUCGGUUGGCUUGAAAAGGAAGAGAAUGGAUGCGCGUAGUUACAAGGCACUGUUCAAAAUGCAAAGAAAGAGAUAUACUGCAGAAAAUAAUGACAAGUUGGAAAGCCCAAAGAAGCCAUCAAGAGUUGAUAGCAUUGCCAGUGAUGAGACAGACUGCAAGCUAAUCAAUGGGGAUAAUGAAUCUCAUCAAGGAGUUGUAAAUGAGUUGAAAGAACAUCCUGAUGAGGUUGCUUCUGCGAGGUCCAUUUCUAGCUUAGAAGCUUCUGCUGCAGAUGCUUCGGUAAAUGAUGUAGUGGAAUUACCAUAUUCAAAGUUGAAAGAACAUCCUGAUGCGGUUACUUCUGCCAGGUCCAUUUCUAGCUUAGAAGCUUCUGCUGCAGAUGCUUCGGUAAAUGAUGUAGGGGAAUUGCCAUAUUCAAAGUUGAAAGAACAUCCUGAUGAGGUUGCUUCUGUGAGGUCCAUUUCUAGCUUAGAAGCUUCUGCUGCAGAUGCUUCGGUAAAUGAUGUAGGUGAAUUGCCAUACUCAAAGUUGAAAGAACAUCCUGAUGGGGUUGCUUCUGCCAGGUCCAUUUCUAGCUUAGAAGCUUCUGUUGCAGAUGCUUCGGUAAAUGAUGUAGGGGAAUUGCCACAUUCAAAUCGCAGAUGCUGUUCUACAGAAAAAUCUGUUGCUCUUCCUGCAGAAAAUGGUUUGGAAGUAUCUAAAAAUGGUUGCACAGUGGGAGAAAUUUCUGGAGAUUCCGAAAGGUCACCAGAGAGCUGCUCUGUGCCUGAAAAUAAUUUGCAUAUUGCUGGGUUGGCGUGUUCUACUUCUACAGAUGGUGAUAUUAUCUUGAAAAGUGGUGAACUAGGCACUGGUAAUUGUUCUGAGACGCAUAAUGAUACAUGUGACUUGGCUGAAGUGUUUCCUCCACCACUAGGAGAUCUUGAAAAGCUUGGUUACAGUGGGGCUUGUGCUUCAUGCUCUAGACAGAAAAGGUUAAAUCAUGAUUCACCAGAGGAGGAGCUGUGCUCAUGUGCUGGAACAGGCAGGGAUUGUAGUAACCUUUCUAGUCUCAAGGAUGGAGUUGGUUCUGAAGCUGCAAUUCUUUUCGAUUCUGGAGAAAGAUGCAAUAUACAAUUGAAUGAGGCACUUUCAGUUUCUCAAAGGGGCAGUGAUGAAAAAAUGUGCGCCAUAUGCAAGCAAGCUGGAAAGAUACUGAUCUGCGAUGGAAGAGGUUGCAAGAGAUGCUAUCAUCUCUCUUGCUUAGAUCCUCCACUAGAUGAUUUUCCACCAGGAGCUUGGCAUUGUACCUUGUGUGUCAAGAAAAAGAUUGAAUCUGGUGUACAUUCAGUGACGGAAGGAGUAGAAUCAAUUUUGGAUGUUAGAGAAGUGGAAGUAGCAGAUGCCAAAGGAACGCAUAGGCAGAAGCAGUAUCUUGUUAAAUACCAUGGUCUUGCUCAUGCACACAGUCAUUGGGUUGCAGAGGCACAAUUGCUUGUUGAUGCACCAUUGCUUAUUGCAAACUAUAAUCAUAAGAAUCAGGAUGUGAGGUGGAUCUCAGAGUGGACAGUGCCACAUCGUCUCUUGAAGAAAAGAUCACUGAUGUUCUCCAAGCUGCAUGGUCAAGAUGCAGGUGAAAAUAACAAAUGCCUGUUUGAAUGGCUUGUGAAAUGGAAGGGCCUUGGCUAUGAGUAUGCUACAUGGGAAUUGGGGAAUUCUAAUCUUCUGAACUCACAGCAUGGUGAAAGCCUCAUCAAGGAUUUCAAUAUUCGUCGCGAAAAGGCAAAACGGAGAAUUGACAAGAAUCAUAAGGGGCAACUUGUCAAACUAUCGGAACUUCCUGCUGGAGGUUCACUUAUAACAGAUUCUAAUCUGCUGAACAAUUUGAACAAGCUACGCGAGUGUUGGUUUAAGUGUGAAAACACCGCUGUCUUUGAUGACAAGGAUCGUAUAAUGAAGAUGGUUUUGUUUAUUCUAUCUUUGUCUGAUGUCUGCUGUCCUUUUCUUAUUGUCACAACUUCAAGUUCGCUUCCCCAGUGGGAAGCUGAAUUUACACGAUUGGCACCAAGUAUUGAUGUUGUAGUGUACAGUGGAAGUAGAGAUUCUAGAAGGAGAAUCAAGUCAUUGGAGUUCUAUGAUGAAGGUGGUUUCAUGAUGCUUCAAAUACUUUUAUCAUCUCUGGAAGCCUUCAUUGAGGAUGUAGAAAUAUUGAGCGGCUUGAGUUGGGAAGUGACUAUUAUUGAUGACUGCCAAAAUGUAGGAAUUUCUGGUCGUGUGGAGCAAAUUAAACUGCUUGCUACUGGCGUAAGGGUGCUUCUUUUCAAUGGUCCAAAGAAGAUCACCUCAUCUGAGUACCUUAAUCUACUCACGUUGCUCGAAUGUAAAAUUGGUCUGGACAAGACUGGUGGCCUGGAAUCUGACUUCAAUGACCAUCUUGGAAAAAUGAAGAGAGUCACAAAGGUCACUGCACCUUGCAGCAAGCCUGAAUCUUCCAAGUUCGUGGAGUAUUGGGUUCCUGUUCAGAUUUCUGACUUGCAGCUUGAGCAGUAUUGUGCUACAUUACUCACAAAUUCUACUGCUCUUCGCACUUUCACUAAAAGUGAUCCUGUUGGGACUCUCCGAGAUAUUCUUCUCUCUGUGCGAAAGUGUUGUGAUCAUCCAUAUAUUCUGGAUCCUUUGCUGCAACCCUUCAAUAAAGGGCUUUCUCCUGCUGAAAUGCUGGAAGUAGGAAUAAAAGCAAGUGGAAAACUACAAUUCCUUGACAAGAUGCUCGCAGAGAUGAGACUCCGACAACAUAGAGUGGUUGUCCUUUUUCAGUCUAUUGUUGGCUCUGGCUCGGGGGCAUCUAUUGGUGAUAUUCUGGAUGAUUUUCUGCGUCAAAGGUUUGGUGAAGAUUCUUAUGAAAGAGUUGAGACAGGUGUUGUUAUGUCCAAGAAACAAGCUUCACUUCACAGGUUUAACAAGGAAAGUGCGCGCUUUGUUCUUUUACUAGAGAACCGUGUUUGCAAUCCGAGCAUUAAACUACCGUCAGUUGAUAGUGUUAUUAUAUAUGACAGUGAGACAAAUCCUGCAAAUGAUUUGAGACAACUCCAGAAGUUAUACAUAGAUUCACAGUCUAAAUAUAUCAGUGUUUUCCGACUGUAUUCAUGUUUCACUGUAGAAGAAAGAGCCCUUGUCCUUGCUAAACAGGACCUGAAUCAUGAUAGUAACUUGCAUAGCAUAAGUCGGAGCCCCAAUAACACCCUUAUGUGGGGAGCCUCAAAUUUGUUCAGUAGAUUGGAUGAGUACCACUCUGGAGGCAUUCCAACCUCAAUUUCAAAUAACUCAUCAGGGCAGUUGCUUUUAAAUGACGUUAUUAGUGAGUUUUCUGCAAUAGUUUCUACAAGCUCUGACAACAAGGACAUAUGCCAUUCCAUUAUUUCAAAAGUUCAAAUGAGCACGGGAACUUACAGUGCUAAUAUCCCGCUGCUUGGUGAGAAAAAAAUGGAGUUGAAAAUCGGAGUAGAACCUCAAGUUUUUUGGAGAGGGCUGUUGGAAGGAAGAAAUCCGGAGUGGAGAAAUUUAAGCAGAGCAACCCCAAGGAACAGAAAGAGAGUUCAAUACUUUGAUGAAUCACCAGAUCCACCUAAUGGUGAUGAUGAAGCAGGAAAGAAACGCAGGAAGGUUGUAAAUCAUAGUGUGGAUUCAAUCCCCAGUCACCCCUCACCUGGAAGAGGUGAAGUUGCAGCCUCCAAAGGAGGUGCUCAUGAAAAUGAUGAUAUUGGUGGGGAGCAUGUUUCUAGGUCUCCAUCUCAUCUGUUGCACGAGGCAAAACCUGUCAGGCCAGAAGAAGGGAGAAUACUGUACAAUGAGCAGAAAAGCCUUCAUGUCCAUCUGAAAGCUGAGUUUGCAAAACUGUUUGAAGUGCUAAAACUUUCGGAUGCUGUCAAACAUACAGUGGGAAAGUUUCUGGAAUAUGUAAUGGAGAAUCAUCGUGUUAGUAGGGAACCUGCAACAAUUCUACAGGCUUUCCAGUUAUCUCUGUGUUGGGUUGCAGCUUCAAUCUUAAAGCAAAAAAUUGACAAAGAGGAGACAUUCUUGCUAGCCAAGCAGUACUUACAAUUUGGAUGCACCGAAGAAGAGACAAACAAUGUCUGUCUGAAGAUCCGUUCCUUGAAAAAGUUGUUCCUGCACCGGUUGGAUCAAAAUGAUAAUGCUUCAAGUUCUUCUAAGUGUUCUUUAUUAGCUGCCAGAACCGUUGCAGAAAAGCCAUCAACAGGAAGCAUGUCACAAGUUGUGGAAUCUCCCCAGCUGAAUGUGCAAAAGGAAAUGGAAGAAAGAUUGCAAGGUAAAAAAUUAUACAGGGAAUGCAUUAUGACGCCUAAAAAAGAACUUGUGGAUAUUGAACGGGAAACUUUCAUUAAGGAAGUCCAGUGUAGAUGUGAGAGGCGAAUGUCAAACCUGGUACAAAAGCAAAAGGAGGAAAUUGAAGAGUUCCAGAAAAUAUGGGAAAAGAAGAAGGAAGAGCUUGUGCAGGAUUACAGAUUGCAGUUUGCUGUUCUUCGGUCUGUACAUGGUAAGACUGCUGUAAUGAAGGAUAAACUAAAAAAUUCAGAAACUGAAUUUUCAAGAAAAAUGCAAGAGCUCAAAUACAGCAAGGAUCAGAAACUUAAAGAGCUUGAGGUAGAACACUCUGCUAUGAAGAACAAGGAAAGGCAAAAGGCUUCUUUGUGGUUGGCCGAAGCAAAUUCCUUUAGGGGUGUUGGAUCUCAUCCGAUAGAUGGCAUAGGGUGCUCUCAGGAAAAUGUAAAUGUCUCACUCAAUUCUCCCAAGACUGUUCACCCUGUAACUGGACAUCAUGUUAAGGAACUGAAUGCAGGUAAUAUUUUGGAUAACACGCAGUCUGAUGUACUUGCAUCUACUUCUGAUGAGUCGGAUAUUCUUCCUAUUGAAUCUACAAGUGUUUUAACAACUCCAGCAACAGAGGACCAAGCUGGGGUCAAGUCUGUCGAUGGAGGAUUGGCUAUAUCCAAGCGGUCUAAUGAAGUGGGUGAUCCAGAUGUACCUUCAUCUACUUAUGACAAGUUGAAUAUUCUUCCUAUAGAAGCGACAAAUGUUUUAACAAUGCCAGCAAUGGAGGAGCAAGUUGAGAUUGUGUCCAUGGCUGAAGUGUUGGUUGCUAAAUCCAAUCAGCUAGAGCCUAAUGAAGGAGGUGAUUUAUGUUGUAGUUCAGAGGGAAUUGGAGCACUGGGUGCUAGAUCCAAGAAGCCCAAUGAAGUAGGUUAUCCAGACCUACCAGCAUCUACUUCCAAUGAGUCAAAUAUUCUUCCUGUUGAAACAUCAAAUGUUUUAACAAUGCCAGCUAUGGAAAAGCAACUUGAGAUCGCGUCCACAGCUGGUGCGUUGGUAACCAAAUCCAACCUGCCUAAAGAAGUCGGUGAUUUUGGUGGUAGUUCAGAGGAAAUUGGAGCAUUAAGUGCUAGUUCCAAGCAGGCUAUUGAAGUAGGUGAUCCAGAUGUACCUGCAUCUACUUCCAAUAUGUCAAAUAUUCUUCCCAUUGAAGGUUCAAAUGUUUUAACUACGCCAGCAGCUGAGGAGCAAGUUGAAAUCACCUCUAGCACUGGAGCAUUGGUUGCUAGAUCCAAGCAGCCUAAUGAAGUGGGUGAUUCAGGUGGCAGUUCAGCGGAAAUUGUUUCUGUGUUUCCUCUGCCUCAUGAAGAACAUACUGAGGUUCUAUUAGAGGAUCCACCUAGAGAACAUUUGUCGGAGGUAUCUGGACUGGGUUUUGUUCUGGGGAAUGAUAAUUCAGAAGUAAAUGUUACUGAAGAAUUGAAUACGGAACAUGAUAGUCCGGAAAAUAAUUCUCAUUUGCUAAAUGAUGAAGAUAACCCGAGAGAUGCAGUUAGAUCCACUGAUACAAACUCAAUUUCUCCUCUGAAAUUGGUAGUUGACUUGCCUUUGGUAGAAGCAGUUCUUUGUUCUGAUGAUGGUUCUUUGACUCAAAAUCAAUUUUCAGGAGAUAAUCUCUCUCAUGAGAUGCCACUCCCAGAAAAUCAGAGGGGAACUCAAGUUGAAGUUGAUGCCGGGCAGUAUGGAACCAACAGUUCUGAUGCUGUGUUAAUUAGUAGUUCUGAGCAACAGCUGCCAGCUUCUGAUGGUUUUUCGCUUGCUGCUCACGAUCCACCGAGCGACAUUAUGCAUGAUACCCCUAAUGAUGGAAGGAGCUUUAUGCCAAACCUUGGAUCUUCUCAUCAUUUGGAUGGGGAGACGAUGGAACCUUUACAGGCAGGUGGUAAUUCGGACGAGGAUCCAUCUGUCUAUGUUGAGAAUUUCUCAGAAGUCAGUAGAGCGGAUCCUCAACCGAUUUCAGAACAGGGUGCAUCUUCCCAUAAUAUUGGAACUCCAGUUCAACUGCCAGGUUCCACUGAGCUUCUUAGUCGAGCAGUCCUGCAACAUAACAGUAAUGCUGCCGUUGUUCAAGGACCCAGGAAUAUACCAGUUCAUCCUGACCAUCAGAUGGCCACUUGGAAUUCAACUCUUCCUUUCAAUGCUGAUCCUCUGCACAAAGAUUGGGAAAGGAUACAUAAAGAAAGAGAACAAGGCACCAAGAUUCUUGAGGACAUGAAGUUGCGUCUGAGAUCUGAUUGCGAGAAGGAGAUAGAGGAAAUGAUUGCCCAAAUCCGUAAGAAAUAUGAUCAUAAACUUCAAGAGGCUGAGGCAGCAUUUCUUCGGAAGAAGAAAGAACUUGAUGUUAAUCAGAACAAAGUUCUCAUGAAUAAGCUCUUGGCAGAUGCUUUUAGAUGCAAGUGCAUGAAUCUUAAACCUUCGGGGUUCUCAGGCAUGCAUCAAGUUGUGCCUUCUAGUUAUUUGCAGCAUCUCCAUCAGGUAUCCCAGCAGCCUAAUUUGAGGUCUUCUCCUGUGACUGGUUCAUCUUCAGCUAGCCAACAAAGUUCUGUCCCAGUUUCUUUGAGAGCUUCCUCUAUCACCAGUUUGUCUUCAGCUGGCCAAGCACAGGUUAGACAGGAGACUUCUGUCCCCUCUAAUCGUUCAGUACAUUCUGGUGGGAUUUCUCAGCCUACAGUAAGAUGUGCACCAGUUACUGGGUUAUCUUUAACUGGCCAACCUGCACCUACUCAGCAGACAGUUGCUGUUAGUCGUUCAACAGCACAUUCUGCAGGAACUCCUGGCAGGCCACCUCUCAUCUGUGCAAUUACCCCUUCCACUGGGAAUCUUAGGGUAGCUAGCGAGAUCCGUGCUCCAGCCCCCCAUCUUCAGCCUUUCAGGACUCCUUCAUCCAUGUCUUCUAGCAGCAGCCCGUCAACCAUUGCUCAUAGUAUGCAAAAUCACCCGCAGUCCACUUACAUGGCUGCAUCAUCACCCUCACUUCCCCGAUUAACUUCUCUGCAAACAUUAUCACCAUCCCCAUCCCAACGUCUGCAACAUCAGAUACCUAUACCAAUGGUUCCACAGUUAGCUGUAGAUCUUUCUAGUUCUCGGAAUGUGCCUCCGCAGCAUGACAUUGGUGGAUUGCCUGCUACACGAAAUCCGUCUAUCUCUGCUCAGGAAUUGCUUUUUAAUGUGGAGAGUCAACCUCAUGCAAACAGGCCGAACAUUCUGCCACCUUUACCAGAUGUGGACCCUGACUUUGAUUUAUUGGACCUAUCUGAAUUUCAAAUACUGGAUAGUAUACAGGGAGUUUCUACUUCCUCAGCCGGAGCUACUAAUGUAACUGAUGUUGUCUGUGUGUCUGAUGAUGACUGAUCUGUUGACAAUGAAGUGUAUUUUGUUGUCCGUGGGUCAGUUUUAUCACAUGUUUGUAAAAAUGAAUUUAAGAAAAGAUCAGAAAGGAAGAGAAAGGUAAGAGGAGGAAGCUUAACAAGAUUAAAUAGGAUUUGCAUGUCCUUUCCCCCUCCCCCAUUUUUUUCCUCCAGGAUUCCAUGAAUGCGGCUGUAAAUGGAUCAUUAAUCUUUCUAUAUUAUAAUAAUAGGACGCAAUAUAAUCUCUUCA